CCCCCGGGCUCGCUGCUCACCCACCAUGCUAGAACCGGACAAUACCCAGCCCUCAAGACCAAAGAAAAGAUACAGUCGCCGGGCACGCACAGGAUGCGAAACGUGCCGGAUCCGCCGAGUCAAAUGCGACGAGAGUCCCGGCUCAUGCCGCAACUGCACCUCGACGGGCCGAAAAUGCGAGGGAUACAGUAUGACGCGCCUCCCAAGAUGGCGAAACCGCAACAGCAACCGCAACCAGCCGGGGCUGGGACUGGGACUUGUCGAGGCCGACUUGGGCGCUGCCCUUGCAGGCAAAACGUCUGAUGAGCGGCGGUGCUUCCACAUCUUCCAGAACCAGACGAUUCCCAUGUUCGUUAGCCUGUUUGACUCGGCGGAUAUAUGGCAUGUUGUGCUCCAGAUGUGCCAGAGCGACCCCUCGGUUUGUUACGCGGUCGUUGCGUUCAGCGCACUGCACGAGGGGACACUUGUGCGCCACGGAUACGUCCGCUCGCCAGAUAACCCGUUUAGGGACUUUGCUUUGAAGCAGCAUGGCAAGGCGCUGGGCUCAUUGGCACGGCGACUCGGGUCCAAUGAUCCCGAGAUGAGGAGCGUUGCCCUUGUCUGCUGCGUGGUCUUUGUCCUGUUCGAGCUCCUCAAUAACAACUACAACGGCAUAAUCUUGCACAUCCAGAAUGGAGUCAACGUCUUGGCCAAUGCAAAAGGCGCAACUGCUCGGGCGUCUGUGAUCAGCGGGGCAGUCCAUCCGUCCUGUUCAAGGAACAGCUCCGAGUUUGAAGUGGCCUUGCGGCGAACCUUUGCCCAUAUAGACGUCCAUUCGUCCCCCUUUGAAUGGGCUCGGAUCGCUCCCAGCGUCGAUCGACACUUUGCCAAUGUGAUCGACCUCGACUCGUGCCCCGUCUGGUUUGACAGCCUCAACGGCGCGAGAGAGACGCUCGACCCCCUCAUCAACAACGUCUUUGCUCUCUGGAGACUGGCGCAGCCCAUCCUGCGGAUGGGGCAGUCAGGCCCCGGCCCUAGUUACCACAAUCUAAUGGCAGAACAGCACAAAAUGAGAAUGUACCUGUCGCGCCACGUAGCAGCAUUUGACACGUUCCUAGCCCUCCACCACCCUCCUCUAGCGACCCACCGGGAACUGCGCAGCCGAGACGUAAUCCGGCUGCACCACCUCGUGCUCUACAUCAACAUCGAGGCCUGCACAAGCCUCUCCGAGAUGAUCUUCGACAACUUUCCGCGCGAGUGGACGGAAGCAGUCGACCUCGCCGACGGCAUAAUCACGAGCUACAUCACCGAGUUCGGCGCGAACCUGCCCAACCUGGUCAUCGACCUCGGCGUCAGCCUGCCUCUCAGCUGGAUCUCGCUCAAGUGUCGGGACUUCACCCUCCGCCAACGCGCAAUCGACCUCCUCCGCCUGUGGCCGCACUCUGAGGGGCUGCACAAUACGACCCUCCUCAUGAACCUGGGCCAGGCAGCGUGUGAUGUCGAGACCGAAGCGCUGGACCCCGUUACUGGUGUCGUUCCUGAGGAGGGCCGCAUACGAACCGUCGAUAUCCAGAUCGAUCAGGAGGAGGGUCAGGGAACGGUGAAACUGAGUUACUGGUUGUCGGACCCGCGAGCACAGCAUUUGGUUAGGCGUGACCGUGUGUUUGAAUUCGAGGGGCCUAAACGGUUCAAGAUGCCCAGGAAACCAAACCCGCAACCAAUGGAGACUUCUUGGUCCUCGGUGUCCAGGCCUUGUUACGCGAUAACAUAAGACAAAUGUGACCAAUCUCAUACCAUACUUGCACUUGUUUUUUCAAGGAUAGUUAAGGUUACUAUUACUAUAUCUUACUGUUCUACUUUUGCUCCGUCCAUCAAGCCCUGUGGGGAAUAACUAUCUAGGGAUAACCUUUCAUUAGGCACUUGUACCAGUGCUAAGCGUGCUCCGAUUCGUCCAACAUAUGGAGCUCGGAAAGCUACGAAUUUGUCCUUGACGAGUGGAGAUUCAGAUCCCUUCGGUGGUCGAUCGGCGCGCGACCCUGGUAGGACCGGGGCAGCAGCGAACUUACGGGUAUCCAGCACAACCUGGGUUCGUCAAAGGCGUGUCCCACCUCCCCAAGGUUCAGAAGCUAC